UUCUCCUCAAUCUUGUUUCACAGCUUUCGGUCCCUAGCGAGAUAACCCAAAGCUUUUAACUUCAUUCUUCUAUAUAUACAUAGUUUCCAUUAUUUUUUUCCUUCAAGCUUUUCCCGGAAAAUUUUCUGACAAAAUCAACCCCAUCCACCUCCCCAAUUUCACUAUUACAAAGCAGUAAACUUUUUCAUCCAACUCGAAAUGGGCGUGAAAGGUUUUGUGGAAGGAGGCAUCGCUUCCGUGAUCGCAGGGUGUUCCACCCACCCUCUUGAUCUCAUCAAGGUCCGAAUGCAGCUCCAAGGAGAGACAGCCUUCCACCCUAGCUUCGUCCAUGCACCGCCACCCAAGGUGGGUCCCAUUUCCGUCGGCGUCAAAUUAGUACAACAAGAAGGUGUCACCGCGCUUUUCUCCGGCGUCUCCGCCACUAUUCUCCGCCAGCUUCUCUAUUCUACCACCCGCAUGGGACUCUACGACGUGCUAAAAAAGAAAUGGUCUGAUCCCAACUUUGCCAGUGGCACCAUGCCCCUAACCUACAAGAUCACGGCAGGGCUAAUCGCCGGUGGAAUAGGCGCAGCCGUCGGAAACCCCGCCGACGUGGCAAUGGUCCGCAUGCAAGCCGACGGGAGACUUCCUCCAUCUCAACGACGAAACUAUAAGUCCGUCGUUGAUGCCAUCACGAGAAUGACAAAAGACGAAGGUGUCACCAGUCUAUGGCGUGGCUCAUCACUUACGGUGAACCGCGCUAUGAUAGUCACGGCCUCACAACUUGCCUCUUACGACCAGUUCAAGGAGAUGAUUUUGGAAAAGGGUGUCAUGCGUGAUGGGCUCGGGACCCAUGUAACGGCGAGUUUCGCGGCGGGGUUUGUGGCUGCGGUUAUGUCCAACCCCGUCGAUGUGAUCAAGACUAGGGUGAUGAACAUGAAGGUGGAGCACGGGGCGCCGCCGCCGUACUCCGGUGCACUUGACUGUGCCUUGAAGACUAUGCGUGCGGAGGGUCCCAUGGCUCUAUACAAAGGUUUUGUCCCCACGAUUUCGAGACAGGGACCCUUCACGGUUGCGCUGUUCGUCACGUUAGAACAAGUUCGCAACUUGCUUAAGGAUUUCUAAGUACGAGGAUGAUGAUGACGAAAGAAAAAAAUGUUUCCAUAGGUUUCAUAAUUAUAGAGUCACUUUGAAAAAACAAAUAUGGAGUUUUUAUUUAGUUCUUAAAGUUAUUUUGCUAGGUACUAUUGUUUAGUUUUAAGAUUUUGUGUUAUGUAGUUAAAAAAUGCAGAUUUAAUUGGUAUUGUUAACUGUUCCCUUUAUA